CGUGUUCCCAGGCUGGGUGUAGGGUUUGCAAGGAACCUGGGUUGCCUGUUUGCAUCUCCUGUCGCCUGAGUGGGGCCCCCCGGAAACCUGUGGCUCCCAGCUCGUUUAUAAGGUGCACCUCACCUCAAUCAUGUCCAAGUCUCUGAAAAAGUUGGUGGAGGAGAGCCGGGAGAAGAACCAGCCGGAAGUGGACAUGAGUGACAGAGGCAUUUCCAACAUGCUGGACGUGCACGGCCUGUUCUCCUUGGCCCACAUCACGCAGCUGGUCCUGAGCCACAACAAGCUAACAACUGUGCCCCCCAAUGUGGCUGAGCUCAAGAAUCUGGAGGUGCUGAACUUUUUCAACAACCAGAUUGAGGACCUGCCUACACAGAUUAGCAGCCUCCAGAAGCUCAAGCACUUGAACCUUGGCAUGAAUCGGCUGAACACCCUGCCCCGUGGAUUCGGCUCCCUCCCGGCCCUGGAGGUCCUUGAUCUGACAUACAACAACUUGAACGAGAAUUCUCUUCCUGGAAACUUCUUCUACCUUACCACCCUCCGCGCACUCUAUCUCAGUGACAACGACUUUGAAAUCCUGCCGCCAGAUAUCGGGAAGCUCACCAAGCUGCAGAUACUCAGCGUCAGGGAUAACGACCUGGUCUCGCUGCCUAAGGAGAUCGGGGAGCUCCUGCAGCUCAAGGAGCUGCAUAUUCAGGGCAACCGCCUGACCGUGCUGCCCCCGGAACUCGGAAACUUGGAUUUAACUGGCCAGAAGCAGGUCUUCAAAGCAGAGAACAACCCCUGGGUCACCCCUAUUGCUGACCAGUUCCAGCUCGGCGUGUCCCACGUUUUUGAGUACAUCCGAUCAGAGACAUAUAAAUACCUCUACGGCAGACAUAUGCAGGCCAACCCGGAGCCCCCGAAGAAAAAUAAUGACAAAUCCAAAAAGAUCAGCCGGAAGCCCCUGGCAGCGAAGAACAAAUAAGGAGCCAGCUGGAACCACCCAGUUGGUGUCUUUUUUCACUUCUGACCUCCUUGCGACUGUCCUGUCUGGCAAAUAAAUCGUGUGUAUGUGUGUGUGUGUGUGUGUAUGUUUUCACUUUUUCUUUUCCUUUCUACUUUACCUUUGCAAUUGUGUGUGUGUGUGUUUGUAUUCUUUUCACUUUUUCUUUUUCUUUCGACUUUACCAUUGCAAUUCCUUUGUUGAAGGGAGAUUUGCCUAAGUACUUAGACCCCUAUUUCCAUUUGUUUUCUUGAAAUUGCCAUCAACUAGAAGGGAUGCUCUCAUUUCAGCUGCAAAUUCCAUGGUUGGUAAG